AUGGAUUAUAUACCAAUAGAGGUCGAUGAUGUGCCUGAAUUAAUUGAAGCGGACGUCAAUGCUUUAUCAUUACCAAAUUUGAUUGACGAUUCGUCGACCCCAAUCGAAAAUGUACCUUCAGAAGAACCGUUUAAGCAGAUUAUUGGUCGAAAAAGGAAAUUUGAUGAACGAAAAUCCAGGCGAGACGAAGAAAUUUCCAAGAAAGUCGAUCGAUUUAAUGAUGAAGAUAUAGAGAAGUCGGUAAAAAAAUCGGAAACUAAGCAACAUGCAGCUGAUAAAACAGGUAUUCGACGGAUAUACGUACCACCACAUCGAUAUACUCCUCUAAGGGAAAAUUGGGUGAAAUUAUUCACGCCUGUCGUUAAGCAACUCAAAUUACAAAUAAGAUUUAAUUUAAAGACACGCAACGUCGAAAUUCGUGUGCCAAAUGGAAUCGAGGAUUUUACUAAUCUUCAGAAGGGUGAAGAUUUUGUGCACGCAUUUAUUCUUGGCUUUGAUAUUGACGAUGCAUUAGCACUUAUUAGGCUUGAUCAUAUUUUUCUUGAAAGUUUCGAAAUCAAUGACGUAAAACCAUUAAAAGGUGAUCAUUUGUCAAGAGCUAUCGGAAGAAUCGCGGGUAAAGAUGGACGAACGAAAUUUACUAUUGAAAAUAUAACAAAAACACGUAUCGUUUUAGCCGAUAGUAAAAUUCAUCUAAUGGGUGCAUAUCAGAAUAUUCGUAUCGCUCGAAAUGCAAUUUCAUCAUUGAUAAUGGGUUAG